CUUGCUUCCAUAUUUGGCAGUUUUUAUAAUCUCUCUCCUUCUCAUCUUUUGGGGAAUUAAACACACAAAAGAUUACCUUGGUAAAAGGUAACCUCGGGGGAAAGACAAUGAUUAAUCCAUCCUGUGUGGAAUUAGAAGAAAAAAAGUUCAUCAGCUUCUGAUUGUGAGGUUUCCAGUAUUAUCUAGUUCUGCUAAUAUAAAUAGAAGCCAGCAAACUCAGAUAUCGCACAGGAUGGAAAACUUAUGAUGAAUCAUCAGGUCACGCUGAGGGGAUCCAGUCAAUGCCUGCACAGUCAGAUGAUUUCACUGGCUGCACAGAUGUCAAAAUCUCAUAUUUCAAUGUAUAAGUAAAAGUGUCAAAGUUCAGCUGAAGCAGGGAUGAUUACAAAGCAAAUUUGAGGGGUCUGUGUUGGAGCAUAACUGGCAUUACAGAGCAACAAGAGGAACCAAAAAAAUGAACGGGCAAAGCAAAAGAACAUUCAAGGAGAAAUUUGCCUUGAAGAACAGCUUUAUAAAAGAAGCCCUGUCAGAAUUCCUGGGAACAUUUGUCAUGAUAGUGCUUGGAUGUGGGUCUGUUGCCCAAGCCGUCCUUAGCCGAGGGGCCAUGGGUGGAACUGUAACAGUAUCCGUUGGAUUUGCAAUGGCAGUCACCAUGGCAUUGUAUGUAUCUGGGGGCGUGUCUGGUGGUCACAUAAACCCAGCUGUUUCAUUAGCCAUGUGUGCAACUGGAAGGUUGAAAUGGACCAAAUUACCCUUUUAUAUAUUAGCACAAUUCCUGGGAGCAUUCGUUGGAGCAGCAGCUGUCUUUGGGAUUUAUUAUGAUGCAUUCAUGAACUACAGUGGUGGAGAGCUUACAGUUACAGGAUCUAAUGCAACCGCACAUAUUUUUGCAACUUAUCCAGCUCCACAUCUGUCCCUGAUAAGUGGAUUUGCAGAUCAAGUGAUUUCAACAGCUCUUCUUAUUCUGGUUAUCUUUGCUAUUUUUGACACCAAAAAUUUGGGUGUACCAAAGGGCUUGGAACCAAUUGCAGUUGGACUUCUAAUCCUUCUGCUCACUUGUUCCUUGGGAAUGAACAGUGGCUGUGCCAUGAACCCAGCCAGGGACCUAAGCCCAAGGAUUUUCACAGCUAUAGCAGGAUGGGGUUUCGAAGUAUUCACGGCUGGAAAUAACUGGUGGUGGGUUCCUACCAUUGCACCUAUGAUGGGAGGAGUAAUUGGAGCCGUUACCUAUAUUAUUUUUAUUGAAAUUCACCAUUCAGAUACACAUCUGGAAGAAGACACUGAUAUGUAUGAGAAAUAUGAACUUUCCAAUAUGGAGAAAGAAGAAAAUUUGCGAUCAGCACCCUGUUCAGAUUUAAAGCAGAAUGACUAUAUAGGUCAUUCUGCAAACACUGUGUGCCUCAAUUAAAGUACACAGUUCAUAAUUUACAUGACCUGCACAGAAAACAAGUCCAAAAAGGAUUUCUUCCCCUGAAGGAAAGGCUGAUUAUUUCAAAAUCUGGGACUUAAAUUACUUACUUGCUUCAGGGAAAAAAAUGCUGUUUUUUUUUUCUGUGGUUUUCAGGUCAAGUUUUCUCCUAGAUGAAAUUGUAAUGGGAUGAUACACUGAUUUGCUAAUUCAAUCCAUACAAUCCAUAAGUCAAGUAAUCUAACUAACCACUAAUGGAUGAGGCACUGCGUCACAAAACUGCCUGCGCAGAGACAGUUAAGUGGUCCAGUACUGCAUUGCCAUGUAAAGAAACAAAUUCACUCAUUACAGCCAUAUACUUAAAAAAGGUACGUGCUGAAAAGAUUACGCUUUAGGAAAAACAAAUAUCAGAAUUGCCCAAAAGUUAAUUGAAGUGGUUUGUACCUAAUUUUGUAUCUGGGUAUUAACUGGACAGCUGUGAAAGGAUAUGCAAGUGGUGAGGAUUGAUAAUAGACAACAUGUUGACAAAAGGUAAGAAAUCUCUGUCUAGAGCUCUAAUCCAAAAGACAAUAUUGAUACUUCUGCUCAGUUUCUUCAUAGCUGUAAUGCUCCAAGUAGGUUUUCAAACCAAUCAAUUAAUCUUAAUGGAAUCUAUUUAAAACCUAAACUAGAUUAUUCAUCCAAAUGUCUCUUGCUAUGUUCUCUGGGUGAAUUUCAUCCUUGGGCAGAGGGCCAGCAGCACAAGGCUUGCGCCAUGCAGACAAGUCCUAUGCACUACUUAAGUUCAUAAGAGGCCUUGUAUGGGCACUCUGCACAGGAUGAAUUUCAUCCUCUAAAAGGGAGCAAUUUUUGUUUUAGUGGCUUCAAGUCAUCUCACAAAAACAGUCAUUAACAUUAGAAAUAGAUCCAAAGCCAGACCCCAGAUUCAAACUGCAUUGAACUCUGAGAUCCAGACUGAGUUCAAAGUCAGACAGGCUGUGAGGAGUGGGCUGUCUUUCUCUAAUGAAGAUGGUUAGAUGUAUUCUACUUCCACACUAUUUAGUUUAUGCUAGUCAGUAUCAUUAUCAAGUCCUCUCUUUGAAAAUCCAGUUUCCUGUUUUAUCAAUGUAAAUGGAAUGUGUCAAAUUAGCUCAAAGCAAUCUCUAAUAUUUAUA